AUGCAGCCUUCCACAAAGAAGCGCUCGGACGAUGCAGUGGCUCUCAGACGCUUUGAAAGCUUGGUCAGGAAGCUUCCCCGAUGUUUGCGAGCACCUUCCAAUGUGGCAAGUGACAUGCAGGACAUCUCGCUGCACGUGCAUCAGCUGGCAGUGGGCGAGCAUCCAGGCAAGAAGUCCGGAUUGGCCCUCCUCCUACCCGAGGAGGUGCCGGUCGGAGCCUGGAGCUUCUCGCUGCUGCCCCCAGGACACGAACAACCAAUCCUGGCAAAGGUGAAGCCUGCGACGCCUGGCUGCCCAAUCUUGCUGACGUCCCAGCAAUGGGAAGACCUCAAGGUGUGGACGCAGCUGUGCUUGGAGAUUGCCCGCUGCGAUAGGAGCUGCCCGCUCCAUCAGUGCUUUGGCCAGACGAUGCUGACAUUGUGGAAGGACCGAUCAGGAAAAUGGUUGCCAGCAGAAAGAACGGAAGUCCAGAGCGACAAGGAUCUUCCCGAGCGUUCCUUCUGGCUGCUAGCGCCCUUGGCGUCGGCAGACGAAGAAAGCGCAAAGAUUUCCUGGAGUUGUCUUUCGUGGGCCCUUGCCGCCCUGGCCCAGUUCCGGGAGUCAUCAUCUUGGCUGUCCAUGCCCAGGACCUGGCUCGGGAAACUUGAUCCUGCUCUUCCUGAACUGGCAUUGGAUGAGGCUGUGGUGCUGGGUCCAAUGCCCACUAGCAGCCGUGGAUCUGAUGUGAAAGGCUUGUGCAUCGAUUUGGAAGUGAAGGCAGGCGAGGAAGGUGCAGCCAUCUUCACUGGCUACAAGUUCAGUAGAGCGGCCGUGAACGCAGCCAUUGACCCCGAAUUCGCCAAAGUGCAUCGAAACCUGCAGCAAGAGCGACUGGAGCUCGAGCUCAAGGCUGAAGACUGCGAGCUGAUGCCACUGACCAGCGGGGCAUUGCAAGUGCUUCGUUGUCUGCCGAGUCUGCUUUGGCGUCUCGAGUUCGUGGCAUUGAUGCAGGAGAUGCCAUUGCUCUGUGACGGAUUGCUUCAGACGGCGCUGCCUUCCGCUCUCGGGGAAGCAAUGACACAUUCGAAGGUGUUGUCCCUUCCGUUCCAGCCGUCCCAUCCACAGUGGUCCAAGCGCUUCUGUUACGAGCGCAUGGAGCUGAUGGGGGAUGCAGUUCUGAAGCUGAUGGCCUGUACGCAUGCAGCAGCUGCGCUGCCAAAAGCCAGCGAGGGGCAGCUAUCAUCUGUUGCUCAGUGGUGCGAAACCAACAAGUGGCUACGGCAGGUGAAUGAGAAGACAAUCCAGGUGGGCUCCUAUCUUCUUCUCGAAUCUUUCAGGCCCAAGGAACGUCUGUCGAAGCUACGCCAGGGUCGUGUUCCACAGAAGGUGGCAGCCGAUGCAGUGGAGGCAGCAAUCGGUGCCGUCUUCGGCUGUGCUGCGGGUGCCAUCAGUGAGGCGGCAGAGCCACUGCACCCUGGUGCCAGUAGCCUCUGCUUGGCCAGCGGAAUGGAUGCAAGCUGGAAGAUCUUCCGGAUUCUUGUGCAGCAGGGCCCCAGCACGGAAAAUGAGAGCAUGGACAUCAAGGCUGCGUUCGCUGCUCCUCCUUGCCAGACUUUCCAGGCUGCAGCCUUGGCCGGCCUUCAAACGAGCCUCAAUCUCGACGCAGGCACAGAUGCGCAUGCGGCUGAGCAGGUGAAGAAUGCUUUUGGUUAUAGCUUUCGCAACCCCAAGCUUCUUGCAGCAUUGCGCGCGUCAUCGACUGGGGCACGAUCAGUUGGCUUCCAGCGCCUGGAGUUUUUAGGGGAUGCAGUGCUCCUGGUAUGCGUGUGCUGCCACCUCAUGCAGGUGUGUUCAGACUUUGAUGAGGGACAGCUGUCCCAGGCAUUGCAGGCCUUCAUCUGCAACAAGUACCUUUCGCGAAAGCUGAUCCGGCGGUUCGGAGAGGUGCGGAGUUUCGCAUCGGUGUUCUUUCCCAGACAAACUUCGCCGCAGAGAGUGCACCUCCCGAGCCAGUUCGAUGAAGUCCUGGCCAGUGAGGUGGAGACUGACUAUGUCAUCGGCGUGAGGAAUGUGGAGGCUCCUGGACACAAGUGCGUCGCGGACGGCUACGAGGCGAUGAUUGCAGCGGUGCUCUUGGACACAGGUGGCGACCUGGGUGAGACCUGGGCCGUCUUUGCCAAGGACUUCGAAGUUCCAAGCCGAGCGGAGCUGCUGAGGCCAAGGCCGAGGCAUGAAGAUCACCUUCGCUUGGAUGGAUCGGAGAAGGAAGAGCAAACGGCAAAGAGUUCUGGGUUGGAUGCUGCUGCGGCCCCUGAAUUCGGGAAGCCAGAAGGGGAAGGGCGUAGACUCCUCCUGGAUCACUGCCGGAGGCACGGUCUGAAGCUGCGCUUCGAGGUGAAAGAAUCUGGAGCGGUUGCCGAAGUGCGAGUGAGAUGUGUCGUGGGGGGUCGCUUCCUGCCGGAGGCAUGUGGUGCGUCCAUGAGGCAAGCUCAGGAUCUUGCAGCUGAAGCGGCCUUGUGGGAAUUGACGCGUCGGCCAACGCAAAGCGAUGCCAAGUUCCCUCCGCCUUCACUUCCAGAAUCGUUACGACCGGACUUGACCGACUUUCCGCAGGUCGACUUCGAGCAAGCGCAACGACCUAAAGGAAUUGCGCGACAGGAGCUUCAACGGUACUGCAACAGGAAUGGCCUGCAGCAUCGCUUCGUCGAAAGCGAGGAGGAGGAUGUAGACCAUACAGUCACCCACCGGAUGCGGGUGGCGGCUGGCGACAGAAUCUUUCCCCCG